AUGAUAUCAAAGUACUACAGUCUGAAGAUUGAGGCCGAGAAGAUUUCAAAAAUGAAAGAAGAUGAAAAGACUGUGCUAAGAGCUGCCCAUUUGAUUCGAGAAGAAGUCAGAGCAAUGGAAGAUGUAAUGCCUUGGCCCCCACAAGAAAUUGAUUUGGACGAAGAAAAAGUGAUAUUAAGUCACCACUUGUCGCUUUUCCUGGAUAAGUUACUAAAUCAACGCUUUACCGAACAGCCUAGCCCUGGUAUUUGUCGUUUGAAAUCAUCAUUUGGCCAAGAUAUUGUCUAUGCUGUAUCCCGUGGGAGAAUAAAAACACCAAAGAGUAUCAUGUAUCCCUACACUAUCAAGUCGCUAACCAACUGCACUGAACUUAUCGACAUAAGCAGCAGGUUAGGACAUGGUAUCAGCCGCUCUCUCGUAGAAGAACUGACAACUGAAAAUGCGUACCGAGUGAUGGAUCAGCAAAAUGAAGGGACUGUUGCCUUGCCGCCUGGAUCAAAAGAAGGAACGUUUACCAUAGCAGUCUAUGACAACAUCGACCGACAAGAAGAAACUUUAUCUGGUAAGUUUAGGUUUCGGGUUUUGAUAGUAUGAUAUUACUGUUGAUUGAAGUAGUCAUUUGUGGUUAUUUUAUUGAAAUAGUUCUAUUAUACUUCAGAUAAAUUAUCCAUUUUUAUUCUUUCUAGGAUAUGGAAUGUCCCACAAAGUAAACGGAAUAAUUAUCCAACCUGGACAUUUUGCAGAAAUUACAAGCGAUUCUGCGCUUCCAAAAAGAAAGCGCUGUAGAAGAUCUUUCGAAGUUCUCACCGAACAACGGAAAACAGAUUAUUUAUCUGGCAAGAGAAUUGGCCCAAACAAUUUGACGUUCCCUGGCAAUGACGACCGUGGAUUUCUAUUGGUUGAGCAAUCAAGAAUCAACGUACCUUGGAUCCUUUCCCGUAAAAGCUCUGUUCCUCAAGCGGUCCCAAGUUGGACAGGCUUCAACAUCAAGAUAAGAAAUAAUAUUACCCCCAAUAAAUGUUCUGUUGGAUAUCUGGAAUGCUUGGAUUCUCCCGCAAGUGACAUGAGCACAAUUUUUGAAAUUCUGAACAGAUGUCUUGCAAUAAAGGAUACGUUGAAGCUAUCAGCUAUUGUUUGCGUCUUUGACCAAGCCAUAUAUGCAAAGGCAGCAGAAAUCAAGUGGAAAAUGCCGACUCAGUACAAAGAUUGUAUUUUGAUGCUGGGCAUGUUUCAUAUGCUGAUGAUGUACCUGGGCAUUAUCGAGAAACGUUUCAAGGACGCAGGAUUGCGCGAUGUCUUGAUUCAGAGUAAAAUACUGGCAGAAGGUUCCGUGGACAAAGCUUUAGCUGGAAAGAUGUACAACCGUUCUGUGCGAAGCUGCAAAUUGGUGUAUGAAGCUCUACACAGGUUAUUAAUCAGCAAAAUGGAAACGUCCUAUGAAAAUGAUCAGGAAAAGCAUCAAAUAAUCGCAUCAUGUCAAGAGGAAAUUUUCUCUUCCUUGGAUGAUAUCUCUGCUGAGACAUUUUCUGAUUUAGCUGAUACUGAAAGCUUCAGAUCAUACAAUAACUUGUUGACUAACUAUAAGGUUCACUUGUUAGCAAAUGGAGGUGGUCUGGCAAAGUUUUGGCUUAGCUUUCUUGAUAUGGUUGAACUGUUGCUCAAUAUCAUAUAUGCUUGCCGAGCUGGAAAGUGGGAGCUACUUCUGGAAUGUAUAAGAGAUGUUGUGGCAUACGCAUUUGGAUAUGACAAUUUCAAUUAUGCAAGGUACCUGACCCCAUUUCUUGGAGAGAUGUUAAACCUUGAAGUCGACCACCCAGAAAUUUACCAUGCAUUUGUGCAAGGAAACUUUUCUGUUGAAUUAAACGAUGACAAUACAUUUGGCAGAAUGGAAGCGGACAAAGUCAUCGAGACAACGAUUAACAAAGACACAAAGACACCUGGUGGGACAACGGGAUUCAGCACAAAUUCAAAUGCUAUAAACAGAUGGGCGUUGAAUGCAUCAUAUAGAGCGAAAUUGCGUUGUUGCUUCCAUAGGCACUUAGGUUACGGUAACAUCCAACACAAGCACCAUGACCUCAGUGUCAGUAGAAUCAAAAGAGAUGAAAAAGAUGUGCAAUCCUUGAUUGAUGUGAUGACUAAAACCUUCGUAGAUCCCCUAUCGGAUAACGAUUUGUUAUGUAUUUCAAACGGACUUGCAGCUACUCAAUCCGUUGCCCAAGAUCUGCAACAAGCAAAGCAUCGUGGUGAAGAGGCUUUGACAACAUUUAUCGCCGACCGUUUAAGCGACGAAUCAAAGGUAUCUAUUUAUGAUCCAAUAAAGAAGCUAAAGCUACAAACGUUUUCCUCUUUGCGCAAAACUGUCACAGUCAAAUGCAAAGACAAAACAAUUCAAAUUAAAGCAACCCGAAACUUGUUUGGCCAAAUUGCGAUCAUAAUGCAGAAGCGAGAUUUAGACUUGAAAGAAGUAUUCAAGUAUCCACUGGGGCCAUUUCCUUGGGCACUGGCAGGCGUAAUGGGCGAUCUCAAGAAAACUAACAAGUCUGCAUUACUUAACGAAGUUGAGAAAUUAACGGAGCCACUUGAUUCAUUACCUGAUGAUUAUGCCAGCAUAUUUGAUGGUAUGGCCAUCGUCCAGAAAGCACGCGCUACUGGCUUAACGUUUGGCGAGUUAGCUCACCAGAUGUUUCAAUCAAUUCUGUCAUCAAGCAGAGGUGCCAAACGAAUUGAUGUUGUUUUUGAUGUGUAUAUGGAAAACUCCAUCAAAAGUGCUGAGCGCUUACAACGAUCAACAGGGAACUUGACUUUUCGACAGUUGAUUCCAUCGUAUCCAGUAAAGCAGUACAACCAGUUUUUGUCAUCACCCGCCAACAAACGUGAGCUGAUUAGAUUUUUGCUUGACCAGUGGAAGCAAGAAGAACACUUCUUGACAGUUGAAAGUGGAACUUUUUAUGUCACCUGUGAUGAAAAGUGCUUCCAACUUUGGAAAGAAGGUAUGUUUGAAGUUCCAGAACUGGAAAGUACACAGGAAGAAGCAGACACAAGAAUGAUGCUUCACGCUAUUCAUACAACAAAUCAGUUGAUUCACAAUAUAGUGAUUCAUACUCCUGAUACGGAUGUCGUUGUUAUUGCAAUGGCCGUUUCGGAAACAAUAUCAAGUUCUCUGUAUAUCAAAACUGGUACAAAGAACAGAACGAGAAUCAUCAAUCUGAAUGAUGUCAAGUCAUCUCUUGCAACACGAUACCUCACUGAUCGUGAUGAUGUGAAUCUAAAGGAAUUUCUGGAUGCACUGUUAGGCCUUCACACAUUUACAGGUUGUGACACAGUCAGUGCAUUCGCAGGUCAUGGCAAGAUCCGAUUGAUGAAGUUAAUGGCAAAAACUCAGGAACAUGUAAAACUGUUUGCUGAGCUUGGUAAAAAUUUUCAACUUUCAGAAGAGCUGGUCAACAACCUACAAGACUUUGUUUGUAAAAUGUAUGGCAAAGAAAUCGUGGACAUCGAUCUACUGCGUUAUAAGCUCUAUUGUUCAAAGAAAGGAAAGUGUGAAAUUGAACGUCUUCCACCGUGCAUGGCUGCACUUCGCCAGCAUUGUUUAAGAGCAAACUACCAGACGUGUAUAUGGCGCUUGUGUCAAGAACAAACCUCGGUUAUCCCUUCACCAUCUGACCACGGUUGGGUGUUUGAUGAAGAUGGAAUAAUUGGAAUUAACUGGAUGGAUUGUCAGCCAGCACCAGACGAAGUACGCAUUUACGACACAUUUCUCAUGGGUAUAUCGAUAAUUGUCGCAAUUUUAAUAUUUUUUCAUGGGUUUCACGAAACACUAAAUCAUUGAUAAUACUUUCUAUUCAGGUGAUGGAAAUGUUGGCGUGCAAUUGCAGAAGAAUGUGCGUGGCGGGCACUUGUUCUUGUGUGGAUGUCGGGCUGAAAUGUACAGAUGCAUGUUCGCUAGUGGACUGUGAAAACAGAGCUAUUAACGGCGAUGAUAGUGAAUCAGAUGCGGAUAGUGAAUCAGAUGAGGACAGUGCAUAGAUAUCUUAUAUACACCAGAUAGUGCAUCUAAUUAUUCUGCAAUUCAAAAAUUGAAGCCGUGAUUGCAGUCUCAGGUCGUUCCCAUGAAAUGAGAAGAUUCGUAUGUUUUCUAUUUCUUAAACAGGGAACUUAAACAUUACGUUAACCCUAUUUCAAAUACAUUUUUAAACUAUUCAAAUGAUGAAAGUUAUUGUUGUUUUUAAGCGUUUAUUAGCAAGUGGGAACGACCGACAUGGCCGCCAUCUAUUCAAAUGGGGGUAACCGCUGGAAUAUUCUUGGCUUCAAUUUUACUAAAAGAGAUGUGCUAUCUAGUGUAUAUAAGAUAUAUCUGGGACAGUGACUAAGUUUAAUUCAUAUUUAUAUGUUUAUUGAAUAUUAAAGAUGCGGUACAGUCCGAUCUGCGCAUGUGCACAAAGGAGUGCUCUUUUUAUUUGUGUCUUGACAAUUUAUUAUACUCUAGAAUCAUGAAGAUAUAAAUAGUAGUUGUCGAAUAAAAUUCAAUAUUUUGGAUACCGAAAUGUAAACAAAGCCUUUGUUUACAUACGGACUGUACCGCUUCUUUAAUGUUAUUGGUAUUUCUAAACUGUGACGUCAUCAAUAUUGUUAGUUGGUUGUAAUAAUGUGUUGAAAUUAUAAAGUUGUACAACAAACUACAACGAACACCUGUCCAAGCUAAGCUAACUAGCUAAGUUGUUUGAGGAAUUAGUAAAAAAAGAAUAAUCAUUCAAAGAUCAUGAUAUGAGCAUUUCUUAGCUCACUUGUCUUAGCUAAUAAGCGAAAUAACACAUUGGGUUAUUUUUUAUCAAAAAGCCGGGUAUUUGGACUUGUUACCUGCCAGUUUCGCGUAGCAUAGGCCUUGAUAGGACGAUUUAAUUUGGUUUUGUUUGGUCCCUCUUUGUGAGACUCACUUGUUGUGAAUCCCAUGGUCUAGUAUGGCUGUUUGUAAAUGUCACUGUACAUUAUUGUAAAAUUAUACUGGUUACAAUACUGUAUGACUUCCUAGAGUGAAAAAUCCUGAAAUAUUGAUAAAAAUAUGAUUCGUAUAAAUGGAUGUUGGUUAAUUUAUUGUAUUUUAAUUAUUCAAUACAGCAACAACAUACGUACCAAGUAAUUGGCUUAGACAAAAAAUAAAACAAGAAUUAUAAUGUCAUUGUUUCCAUUUUUCUCACAUCCAGAUUAAGAUGCCUGAUGACUUUCUUCAGUGGCAUGAAAGUAUGUGUGCAGAGUCCCCCACACGUUUUAACCGUCUGUUCAGGGCCCAAUGUGGAGUGGUGUUGAUGAAAAUUAUCAUGGUUAUCCAAUAAUGGUCAGUACUUUGGAUCGUUUAUUCAACCAUCAUAUAUUUAUUGUUCAUUGUUGUUUGGCCUUUAAUUUUGUUAAAUAUAUAUUUAAUGUACAGUAGUAUUGUAUGGCAAUUAAUUAUGUUUGAUAAUUGAUAAGAGUUUGCAUCAGAGGUGCAUCUGAUUGGAUUGGAUGUUUAUAAUCCGACAAUUGGGUAAUGUUUAAAAUUUAAAAUGUUUCUAUUAUACCCCUGUAAAAAUGAGUAUAUUAGAAAUGUACUAAAAUUCAAAACAAUGGUUAGUAACUCAUUUUAAGCAUUUUAAAUUAUAACUGUCAAUUAAAUUUUUUUGCUCGUCUAUAUCGAUUUUAGGCGAAGGUCAAUGUUGCCUGUAUUUCAACCAGGACAGUGGCAACCAAAACUGCAUCAUCACAAUUCAGUGAUGAACCUAUAAUACAGGUAUGUUACCUACCUUUUAUUUACAUGCAAAAAGGUUGUGCAAAAACCAUGGACAGAUUUUCUGGAUGGGAGGAUGCACCACCUCCCAAAUAUUUUGCACCUCCCCCCUCCCUCCCAGAAAUUUAAAUGCUCAUUUUGAACUACUGUAAAUAAGAAUAAAAACGAGGAUUUUGAACAAAAUAAGGAAUAAAAUCCCAACAUUUUCUGGAGGCUGUGUGUGCAGAUUCCUGUGCAGGUUAAACAAUGUAUAAGUAUUUCUUUUCAUAUUAGGAACAAGCACUAAAAGACAUGAAAGCUGCAUAUCCUUCAGGUCGUUUCUGGAUCAAAGGUGAUGGGUGUGAUAUUAAACCAGCACUUCAGCAAUCAGUUAAAGGUGUUUGGAAUGGAGACUCUGAUUUAGGAGAUGGCACACUUCAGAACUGA